CAUUUUACUUUAUUGCAAAUGUCGGUUCUUUGAAAAAGUAAAUUUUGGCUUUCUCUCAAAAAAGUGAAUAAAAAAUUUAUAAUUUUUCCCUCUUAUCUAUUGCAUUAAAUAAUUCUAAUAAUAAUUAAUAUUUAAAUAUAUAAACAACUAAAAUGACUGUUAAUGCAAAACAAGAAGAACCACCGCCAAGAGCGCGUUGUUUCUUCGAUGUUAACCUCGGUGGUUUGCCAGCGGGUCGAAUUGUUUUCGAAUUGUUCACGGAUAUCGCACCAAAAACUGCUGAGAAUUUCCGUGCCUUAUGCACUGGCGAAAAGGGAUUAGGUCUUGUUACGGAAAAACCAUUACAUUAUAAAAAUGUAAUAUUCCAUCGAGUGGUUAAGGAUUUUAUGGUACAAGCUGGCGAUUUCUCAGCUCAUAAUGGAACUGGUGGCGAAUCUAUAUACGGCGGAACCUUCGAAGAUGAGAGCUUUGAAAUUAAACACACUCGCCCGUUUUUGCUUUCGAUGGCAAAUCGUGGCAAAAACACCAACGGCUCUCAAUUCUUUAUUACUACACAGCCUGCUCCACAUCUUGACAAUAUUCAUGUUGUAUUUGGACACGUUGUUACCGGACAAGAUGUAGUUCGUCAGUUGGAACAAUUGCCAGUGGAUAGGAACUCUCGUCCUCUGCAAGAUGCUAUCAUUUCUAACUGCGGUGAACUGAUCAAACAAGUUAAAGUUAAAAAAGAUAAAAAGAAAAAGAAACGACCAGCAUCUUCAGAUGACGAGGGUUCUGAAGUGGACUCAUCAAGCGAGAAAAAGAAACGCAAGGAUAAAAAGAAGAAAAAGGAUAAGAAACGAGCAAAGCAAGAUGAAUCAGAAGAAGAAGAGGAAAGAACCGAUGUCAAAGAAGCUAAUGAUAAUUCAGAACCUUUAGAAGAAGGCGAAAUACAUCCUUUGGUAUCUGUAACAAAAAUAGAUCCUGAUGAAAUUCCAGAAGUAUCCAACAAUUUCCUCAUGCGUGGAGGUUCUAAGCGCGAUGUAUCUUCUGAAAGUGCUUCACGUAAUGACGAUCGUAAAGAUAGAGAUGAAGGCAAUAGAAAUCGACGUGACAGCGGCAAUCGUAAUGCAUUUGGAUGGUCCAAAAAGAGAGUUCCUACAUCACGAAGCGGACGUGUAGUUAAAGGCCGUGGAGUUUUCCGCUAUCGUACUCCAUCCAGAUCUCGCAGCCGAUCUCGUAGUGUGACUCCGCCACAUUGGAAACAAGCUCAAAAAAGAACUAUUAAACUUUCUGAUUUGGAAAAAAUGGAAGAAGAAAAACAAAUGCGAGACGAAGAAAUUAAGAGACGCGAAGUAGAGCGCAAAAAACGUCAUGAGGAAGUUAGACUCAAAGACACAAAAAAAUCAUUUUACGAGUUGGAUGCAAAUGCCUACGAGAAGCCAAAUCCAGAAAAGAAACGUAUAGACAAAGAUGUUGAGAAACGGGACCAUAAUGAUCAACCGAAAAAGAACCAAGCUGAAAGCACAAAGGACAAGUCUGUUGACAGGGAUCAAAAGAAACUCGUUGAUAUGAAUGCUUUGGAUUAUGAAGACCAAGUGGGAAGCGAAAAUGAGGAGAAGAAAUCACGGAGUGCAUCAGUGGAAAAGAAAUCACCAAUAAAAUUUAAAUCAGACGACAAAGAGAAAAAAGAAGAUCGAAGAGAUAGAAGGGUUUCGCCACGUGGUCGAUCGCCUGAGAUGCGAGACCGACGUCGAAGGUCAAAUUCCAGGGAUGGCGACAGACGUAAUAGAUUUGCCAAUCGCAGAUCUGAUUUCCGAUCUCCACGCCGUCGUAAUUUCGGUCGUCGUGGAUUUGGUGGAAAUAAUGGAGGUGGUUUUGGAGAUCGACGUCGGCAAAGGUCACGUUCGUUUGAUCGUUUCCGCAAUCGUCGAUCGCCAGCACGCCGCCGAUCACCUGGUGAUCGUCGUUCACCUGGUGAUCGUCGUUCACCUGCUGAUCGUCGUUCGCCUGGAGACCGUCGUUCAUCUAGCGAUCGUAGAUCACCAGCAAGGCGCAAGUCAUCGACUGAUCGUAGGUCACCCGCUAAACGUAGAUCGUCUACAGAUCGAAGAUCCCCGGCCAAUCGAAGAUCUUCUGGUGAUCGUCGGUCGCCAGGUAAUCGUAGGUCAUCUACUGAUCGUAGAUCGUCGCCAAAUCGUAAGUCAUCUGUUGAAAGAAAGUCAUCUGCUGAUCGUAGGUCACCUGUUGAUCGUAAAUCUUCUACUGAACCAAAAUCCUCAAAUUAUCGCAAAGCAUCUAUUGACCGUAAAUCUCCGCAUGAUGACAAACCUUCGGUUGAUCGUAAAUCCCCCGACCAACGCAAAUCAUCUGCUGAUCGCAAGUCAUCGGAAAUUCAAAAAUCAACCUCUGAUCGUAGAUCAUCACCGGCUAAGCGUAGAUCAUCUACAGAUCGUAGAUCACCGGCUGAUCGGAAGCAGUCUGACGAUCGCAGAUCACCGGCCAAUCGAAAACACUCUGAUGAUCGUAGAUCGCCGGCAAAUCGAAAUAAAUCAAGCGACCGCAGAUCACCUGCCAAACGCAGAUCAUCGACUGAUCGUCGAUCACCAGCCAAUCGCAGGUCAUCAGUCGACAGACGAUCGCCUGAUCGACGUCGUCGUCCAAAUAGAUCUCGUUCCCGCAGCCCGCGGAGAAGACGUGACAGUCGUGGAGGAGACCGCAGUUAUGAUCGUCGAUCUGUCUCUCCCAGCAAACCAAAGCAAUCGAACUCUUCUCGCGAUCAUAGGGACCACAAACGUUGCAAGUCAAAAUCCCCAAGAAAAUCAUCUCCAGUUCAUCAAUCUACCGGAAGUUCUACGAAUCCUCAAGAAGAUCAAGAAAAACUAGUAAGAGAAAAAAUGUUAAAACGCGCUGAAGCCCUUCAAUUAUUCAAAGAUCAUAUGCGCAAAGAAAUUGCCAAAGAAGAAGAACGUCGCGCCGAAAAGCAAAGAAUGGAAGAUGAAGAAAAAGAAAGAGAAAAAGAAAAGGAGAAAAAUGCUCGUGAAUUGCAGGAAUUGGAAAAUUUGAAGAAGGAAACUUUAUUAAAACUACAAGUCCAUGAUAAUACCAAAAAACAAGUUUCAGAUAAUCAAAAACCAAAUGAAAAGAAAGAAAAAGAUGACAAGCGAUCAUCGAAAGAUAAGAAGAAGAAACGGUCCAAGAAGUCGAGAAAACAUAGCAAAUCAUCAAAUGAUUCUGAUUCAGAUUAAAAAAAGCACUGAAGUCACCAUUAUUUUAUUAUUAUGUAAUACAAAACUAAAAAACUUUAUUUCAGUAAUAUAUUUUUAAAGUGCAAUUUAAAAUUGCACAUAAACAAUUUAACGGUUUGUGUACAUAAUUUUUAACAAAUGCACGAAUAAAAUAUCAAUCAAAUAAAAUACACAAUU